AGAGCCAUGACAAAUCAAUGCAUUUUUAAAGAUAUGUGGUUACGGUCGAGUAUGAUUUCAUUUCAUAAUUUAAUCGAAUUGUUUUCACACCUAUCAUAGUCAAAUUCAUAGUUAAAACAUGUAUUUUUUAAAGAGCCGUUAGGGAGCCAAAAGAGCCGGCUCUUUUUAGUGAGCUGAGCCAUACGAGCCGGCUCACGAAAAAGAGCCGGAAUGCCCAUCACUAAUUCAAACAGGUUGACAGCAGUGGGGGUUUUGUUUAACUACAGGGAGCUACUGGAACCACGUGACAAAAAAGCUCUAACUUUUUUCCUGUGUUUCACUGGCAGUGAGUGUUCACAAUGUUGUAUUUCACUCCAUUCUACACCAAACACGUCAGGGAGGACUGCCUUUUGUAGAUACGAGUCUGCUGAAGAUAGCCAGAAUAUCAGAUUUCUUAAACCGAGCCUGUUUCAUUCAUCAUUUGCCUGAGAAAGCGACUUCCGUUGGCCAGCUUCAUUGAAAACCAUUCAAACCGGUUGACAGCAGUGGGGUUUUUUGGAACUACAGCGAGCUACAUGAACCACGUGAUCACGUGUCGGCGAGAUCAAAGCGUGUCGCAACUCUCUUUUUCUAUGGCUCUGGGUGUACGGUGUCCUCGUUUGUUGUGUACUCCACCGUGAGGGAGUUGCCAUUGGUAACGUGUUUGGUGACAGAUAAUUGCUCCGCAGUCGGGUCACACACGAAGGGCAUUCGACCGUAAAUCUCCGGUGACCGCGCGCCGUACUACAGCGUUUACCUUCAUAGGUAAGAGACUCCGAACCAGAACAGAAGCCAAGAAAGGAGGAGCCGCGAGCGGGAAAAAGCUCCGCGCGGUGGAUUUACAACUCCGUAACUCACGUUUACCGAGCGGUGUACGUGGGUAUCCGGGAAUGUUUUUGGUGCCGUUUCGGAGCGAGGGCGUUUGAAAUUUGGAGAGGGAGAGAAAGAGAGAGUAAGGGGAGCGAGAGAGAUAUGGAUAAAUAUGAGAAUCUGGGCCAGGUCGGGGAAGGGAGUUACGGCGUGGUGAUGAAGUGCAGACACAAGGAGACCGGACGCAUCGUCGCCGUGAAGAAGUUUCUGGACACCGAGGAGGACCGGGCCGUGAGGAAGAUAGCCCUGCGCGAGAUCAGGAUGCUGAAGCAACUGCAGCAUGUGAACCUGGUGAGGCUGCUCGGAGUGUUCCGGAGGAGGCGCAGGGUGUUCCUGGUGUUUGAGUUUGUGGAGAGGAACCUUCUGGAAGAGCUGGAGCAGAACCUUCUGGAAGAGCUGGAGCAGAACCUUCUGGAAGAGCUGGAGCAGAACCUUCUGGAAGAGCUGGAGCAGAACCCGUCUGGUCUGGGUCAGGAGCGGGCCCGGCGCUACCUCUACCAGACCCUCCGAGCGCUGUGCUUCUGCCACCAGCACAACAUCCUGCACAGGGACGUGAAGCCAGAGAACCUGCUGGUGUCAGGGGGGGGCGUGGUGAAGCUGUGUGACUUUGGCUUCGCCCGCACGCUGGCAGAGGGGGCGGAGUACACGGAGUACGUGGCCACGCGCUGGUACCGGCCCCCCGAGCUGCUGGUGGGGGACACCCUGUACGGCAAGCAGGUAGAUGUGUGGGCAGCAGGGUGUGUGUGUGUGGAGAUGCUGACAGGAGAGCCUCUGUUCCCUGGAGACUCUGAUAUAGACCAGCUCUACCACAUCAUCAGGUGCUUCGGUAACCUGACCCCCCGUCACCAGGAAGUGUUCCAUCAGAACCCUGUGUUCUCUGGUCUGGUUCUGCCCCAGGUUCCCCCGGUUCCCCCCGCCUCCCACACUCCUCUGCAGCUACGCUACCCCACCCUCCCCUGGCAGGCUGUGGACCUCACCCAGAAGUGUCUGCAGAUGGACCCUGACAGCAGGUCUUCAUGUUCAGACCUCAUGCUGCACCAGCUGUUCACCUACGACCAGCUGCACCUACGGCUGGAGGAGGAGCUGAAUAUGAUUCCUCAGAAGGAGAACAGAAGGAGCAGGAGAGAGGAGGGAGACAACAGCAAGGUCACAGGAAGAGACUCUGAUCCUUUUGGAAGCUCCUCUACCACAAACCCUGACCACUCAGAGACCAGAACCAGCCCUGAUGUGACCGCAAACCCAAGCAUCAUGACCGCAAACACGACUAAGACAACCACAGCAAACAUGACCACAGCAGCGAAACCCUGUAAAGCCACCUUGACCUCACAACCAGGAAGAGACUCUGACCACAUGACCACAAGCAGCAUGACCACAAGCAGCAUGACCACAAGCAGCAUGACCACAACCAGCAUGACCACAAGCAGCAUGACCACAAGCAGCAUGACCACAAGCAGCAUGACCACAACCAAUAAACCUGACAGAAUCCCCGAGUGUAGGAACAACCUUGACCACACAACCACAACCAUGAUGACAAACACCUCAACCACAGAGCCAAGAAGACACCCUGACCGUAACAUGACCACAACCAUGGACACCAGUACGUCUAACAUGACAACAAUCAUAGAACCAAAGAGACACAUCGACCACAAAGAUACCAAGACCACAACCACAGCACCCAGAAAAGACCCGACCAGACUGGGCGAAACAGACCGCACCUCCUGUGACCGUGUGGUUACGAUCAGCCCCCUGCCCCCCACCCCCACCCCCUCCCUCUCACACACUUCCCUCGCUCCUGUUGUCAACGGCAACAGCCCGUUCACCCACGGCAACCCUGGCCUGGGGGCGUGGCCUCACCUGGGAACCCUCAGCCUCAGGUCUAUUGACAAGACUAAGAGACACAUAAACACCUUCAGCAGAAUCUCCCAGCAGUCUCUCUCCACACACUGUACUGUUGGUACACAGGCAGUCUCUGAGCGGUCGUUCCUUUCGGAGCGUGACCGUGGUGACCGUGUGGUUGCUAUGGUGAGGAAGAGAGCGGAGGUCAGCAGGUCAGAGUUUCGCUUCCCAGAACUGAGGACCCCCCUACUGUCUGAGGGUAAACAUCCCAAAGGAACCAGCAAGAACCUAAAGAAGGACAUUCGCAUUCCAGCCAUCACCACGACAACGACGGACACACACACCAACACACACGCUCUCCAACGCACACACACCACACUGGACGCACAUGGCAAAACACACACCUUCCAACGCUCACACACACAGAUGGACACACACACUCACGGUCAACCCUGACUGUGUUUUUAUUGAGACAUUCCACAUGCAAACACUUUGUAUUCUGUGUUGUCUAAUACAGGCUGUCUGUCAUAGUG